AAAUGUAGUUCGGUCCUGUUUGCUACUGGUUUUGUUCUGAAAAACUUAAAACAUCAUAAAAUUACAAUGGAAUCAUGUUUUAUUGAGCUUUUUUGCAAGAAUUUCCAGGGAGGACCCACAAAAGUAGUACCAGAAUCUGAAUUGUCAUCAUUUUAACUAUUUUCUGGGGCCUUUUUUUGUGAGCCAUUUUUGGUUUAUUUUUUAAAAGGCUUGAUUUGCGUACAUGGCUUUUGCGUGUUUUGCACCUGAUGUCUGGUGCCUUGUAUCAAAUUUCACUUAGUAGAAGAAAGAAAAUAUUCUUGGUUUUCAUUGAAACCAUUGGAAUUCUGGAGCAAAGUACGAAGAGGCUGGCCUUUUGGUUUUUGAGCAAGGGAACCAUUCCACUGAAGUUAAAUAAAGCUACAAGAGCAAAGAUUGCAAAAUGUUCGGAGUCUAUGUGGAAGUUAAUGUACUAUGCCACUGUGGAAGUAUGUGUUCUUACGAUCACUUAUCAUGAGCCAUGGUUCAGAGAUACAAAAGAAUAUUUCAGAGGCUGGCCAGAUCAAGAGUUCAGGCUUUCCCUAAAACUCAUAUAUAUGUGCCAAUGUGGAUUCUAUGUCUAUAGCAUCGGUGCACUCCUUAUAUGGGAAACUCGAAGAAAAGAUUUCUCGGUAAUGAUGUCUCAUCAUCUCAUCACUGUUUUCCUGAUUGCGUACUCGUACAUGACAAGGUUCUUCCGGAUAGGGUCAGUUAUCCUAGCAUUGCAUGAUGGCAGUGAUGUAUUUCUUGAAGCUGCUAAAGUUUUUAAAUAUUCUGAGAAGGAGCUUGGAGCAAGCGUCUGCUUCGGAUUGUUUGCUAUUUCAUGGUUUAUUCUGAGGCUGAUAUUGUUUCCCUUUUUGGCCAUAAAAUCCUCAAGCAUUUAUCUCUGCGAGGUCUUGAGGCUCUCGGAGGUGUAUCACAUGUUCAUAUACUAUGUUUUCAAUACAAUGUUAUUGACUCUACUUGUGUUCCACAUAUACUGGUGGAUUCUCAUAUACUCAAUGAUCACGAAACAGCUGAAAAAUAGAGGGAAAGUUGGAGAAGAUAUACGAUCUGAUUCAGAGGAUGACGACUAGUUUGAAGGUUCUGCUAAAAUUUUGGUUUUUCUUCAGUAGGCACGGAAGGAGACCUAGUGAAAUUCAAACUCUGGUCUGGUCUCUAUACUCUAAUAUUAUAUUGAACAUCAUCUCAUAUAAAUGUUUAAGUUAUUAGAGAUGGGUGUAAUAUAAGUAUUUAUCUAAUAAAUUGGUGAUGUGGAUUGAAAUAUGGAGAAUUGGAAUAGAUGUAGAUAUGGGGAAGAGUCAAACUCGUAGAUAAUAGUGUUGUG